GGCAGUGAAGAACAGGAAGGCCUGGCGCGAUAUGGUUCAUCGGGUCACAAAGAGUUGGACAUGACUUAAUGACAACAAAAAUCUGCUGUCACGGGAGGGAUUGCCCCCCCCUUUGGCUACCUUGUUCCCCUGCAGUGCCCUCAAGGGCCUCCCAGAUGUGCCCCUGAACCAAGCCGCAGGGCACCCAUGUCCGGGCUUCCUGGUAAGUAGCGCUGGGCAGGGGUCUCGGCCUUUCCAUCCCAAGCUGGCUUCCCAGGCUGCUCAGGAGGAGGUGGCCCCGAGGUGGUCCUGUGCGAGUGGCAGUGGGUCCUGGUGCCCUCCCGGAGAGCCGCCUCUGGCCUGCAGCCCUCCCCUGCUUCCCGGGGGUAGCCUGCUGGGUCCCGCAGCGAAGGGCGGGCCUGGAAAGCAGGGGCGGUAGGCCGGGUGCCCUGGCCCUCUCUCAGCCCACCUGCCUCACAGGGGUGGCGUGAGCAGGAAGGAGCGCUGGGUAUGCUCACCACCUUUGCUCACCUGUAAGAAUAAGAAAGGCAGGAUAAAAAAUAACAUCUGAAAAGCCCCUUCUGGGGAUGCCCGGCUCUGGACAGUGGCUGGCCCAUUCCUUUUUCUCCUGGUUUCAAGCAAGGCCUCCCAAGGGCUUUGGCCACCUGUGGAAAUCCCCACGGCCCUCACCCUCCGCCUCUUCGAGACUUCACGACAGAACUUUCCACAGGAAACCGGUGAUGGCGGAAGUGAUACAUGUCAGCCACAGAUAAUCUUUCAUCUUGUUUCGACGCGCGCGCUGAGCGUGCAGCUCCGGAGCAGCAGCCCUUUCCCAAGCAAGAGGAUGAGGGCCUCGGGCUGCCUGGGGGUCGCGUUCGGGCUCCUCUUGCUGCUGGUGGACCCGGGCGAGCCCACGGCAGGCAGCUCACAGCCAAAAGUGGAGUGCAUUUGCCACAAUGGCGAUUACGUGAUCUGCGACUGGGGCAGUGAGCAGAUGCCAGAUACCAACUACUCCUUCUACUUCUGGUAUGAAGGAAUCAACGACCCUGUGGAAGAGUGCAAGGACUACACCCAGAUGUUUGGACUCAACGUGGCAUGCCGGUUCAGUAAAUAUAAACCAUUCAACCACUUGAGAACUUACAUCAAUGGAAGCCAGGGGAGGAUUAUUCCCACUGAAUCCUUACUCCUGAAUGAUCUAGUGAGACCCGGCCCACCUUUUAACCUCACCUUCCACAACCUGAGCAACCACCAGCUGCUCCUGACCUGGAAGUCCCCAUACAAAAGACCCAUGUGUUUGCAGCACGCGGUCAGCUACAAGAGCAACAAGGACACGCACUGGAUGGAGCACCACGUAAAUAGCAUGGCGUUCCAAAUCCCCAGUGUGGAUCCUGAGAAACUCUACACCUUCUAUGUCAAGAGUAAACUGCACAACAAUUGUGCAUCCACAAAGCUCUGGAGCCAGCCAUCCGAAUUUGUCUUGUGGGGAAAAGAAGAUGCAUCCCCGCUCCCGCUGUCCCCCUCCCUUCUGAGCAUUGUGAUUCCCUUGGGCUCGUUCUUCGUUCUGCUGAUGCUGCUCUUGGCCCUGGUGUGGAUGGAGAGAGUGUGGGUGAUCCUGAUGCCCAGAAUCCCGAACCCCAGCAAGAAAUUUGAGGAUCUCUUCACUGCAUAUCAAGGCAAUUUCUCAGAAUGGGCUGGAGUCUCCAAAGAUGCGGUGGAGAGUUUCAAGCCCAACUAUUUUGAAAACAUCUGCUCCGUCACUGAGCUGCUGCCCAGCGGGGGCUACCUGUCCGUCAGCAGCGACGUCACAGUUAAGACCGGAGGGGCCCCUGGCCUUUCAGCAGACCUGGUUUCCAAGGUCCACCCGGAUGCAGCAGCGCUCACCGCCUGAGUUUGCACACAGUCUCUGAAAGCUUCGGCUUCCCCUGCCUCCAAAGCACCUCGAAGUGGCCACCCUACCUGUCAUUUGUGAUGGGACCAAAGAGGAGAACUUGUUCAGCCCAUGAAAGGAAUAAUACGAACUGCCCCCCAGCUGAAAGAGGGUGCUGUGCGUGCCUAAGCUGAUCGCUGGCAGAGCUUCAUCCUCCUACGGCAGGCUUCCUGCCUUCGCCUCCCGAAUCUCCCCCUUAUUGAUCGGGGCCAGCAAUCUUCCAGAGGGAGUUGGGACCCCGGUGCUGGAUUUCUCUUCAGCCGUGUCAUCCCACCCCAGGCGGCCUUGGUUUUUCCACCGACCCCUUCCUGCUUUCCUGCUGCUGACUGUACGGGGGCGUUUCCUAUAUUCUAAUAAAAAGGCACUC